AUGGUUGGUGACUACAGAGGGAGCAAUAGCCGGAGCUCCGAUGAUUCCGAUUCCGACGUUGCUUCUUCCGCCGACGAAGAGACGACUUCUUCCGUGCUUCAUUCGUGGACCAGCUUUACAAUUCCCUCGGCGCGCUCGGUUCGAAUUCCAACAAGGAGAAUGUACGGCUCGGUGGCUGUAGAAAAGCUUGUGAAGAACAGAAGAUGA